AGAACCCGCCCAUCCACAGUCCCAGGAGGAAGACCCGGGAGUAGGCUGUGAAACCGAGUCUAGAGGGAACAAGACGCUCACCUGGGCCCCAGAACAAUAGAAGGGGAGGUGGGGGCCUCCCCUGGGACCGGGUCCCGAUCCGGAUUAGAUCCGCAGGGCAGGAUUAGCCCUGUUGGUCCCACGAAGCCUGGGCCACUGGUGCGGUGACGGUGCUGGGGCGGGCUUCGGAAUCCGUCAGGAGGGAAGCGCGCCCGUGGGGCCGGAGAGGAAGUAAACCCGCGCGUCCACCUCGGGGACACCCCCGCGCUCGGUGGCCUUUGUCCGGUGACGCUGCCAGCGCCCGGAGCACCAGGGGCCGAAGGGGUCCACAGAGCAGCGGCGGGACCCCGGAAACCCAUUGCGACCGGCCCCAGGAGACCCACCACCAGGCUCCGACUGUGCCGAGCUUCCCGCUCGCCCGGCCCCGCGGGUAGCGAACGCGACAAUGUUCCCCUGAGGCCACGACAGAGCCGGCGUGCUGAGAUGCCCAAACCCCGCGCGGGGGCUAGCGACUCUCGCGCCAGUAGGCCCUUGACUUGGAUCAAGACGGGGGACGGGGGACUCCCAGGACGCGAGCAGAGUGAACGAGGACAAGGUGAUGCUCCACGCGCUUCUACUUCAAGUCUGGUCCGGUUCGGCCUGGUCUGGCCCAGCGGAACAGCCACUCAAGCACUAUCACAGCUUGCCCUUCCGCUUGCUCUGGCUGCCUGCAGACUUGGAGCCAUUUUAAGGAGAAACCAUCUGGCCACGCCCCCUAGUGGACCCGAGAAGCCAAUCCACGCUCGGCCACGCCCCUCUCCGCGCGCGGCGGAGAGGCCAACGGUCGCGCGGGUGACGGUUAGGGCGGGGCGUACUUCGGCAUCUAGCCGGAGAAACUUGAGCCGGCUGCCCCGCCCAUGGUGCCCGAAGCCCCAAAGGCUGGGAUUAGGGGCUAGAAGUCUGGCACCGACCGCCUGGCCAGGUGUUCGGGACACGACCAGGUGGGCGGCCGCCCCGCCCCGGGAGCGCGGCUUAAUAGCUGAGAGCCCGGGGGCCAGGCCGCGGCUGCGGCCUAGGCAACGCCCUGAGGGCGGCCACGCUGCCAGGUGUUCCACUCCCCCCGGGACUAUGGGCAAGGGCCCGGGGCGGGGAGGGCGGCAGGUGCUGACACUGGAGCUGCGCCGGAGGUCGGGGAACUCGGCCUCCUAAGACAGAGGACACUCGCCUGCUGGGCCGGCCGAGCUGUGCGGUGCCCUCCGGGACGCAGGGGGCGCUGCAGCCGCGCUGGGUCAGGCUCCGCAGGGCCCUCCCAAGCCGGUGACUAACGGCGCCGGUGACGACUUCGCCGCGCGUUGGUCAGCCAUGGCCACCGCUCUCGCGCUACGUAGCUUGUACCGAGCGCGACCCUCGCUGCGCUGUCCGCCCGUUGAGCUUCCCUGGGCCCCGCGGCGAGGGCAUCGGCUCUCGCCGGCGGAUGACGAGCUGUAUCACCGGACGCGCAUCUCUCUGCUGCAACGCGAGGCUGCUGAGGCCACGUACAUCGACAGCUACAACAGCCGCGGCUUCAUGAUAAACGGAAACCGCGUGCUCGGCCCCUGCGCUCUGCUCCCGCACUCGGUGGUGCAAUGGAACGUGGGAUCCCACCAGGACAUCACCGAAGAGAGCUUUUCCCUCUUCUGGAUGCUGGAGCCCCGGAUAGAAAUUGUUGUGGUGGGGACUGGAGACCGGACCGAGAGGCUGCAGUCCCAGGUGCUUCAAGCCAUGAGGCAGCGGGGCAUUGCUGUGGAAGUGCAGGACACGCCCAAUGCCUGUGCCACCUUCAACUUCCUGUGUCAUGAAGGCCGAGUAACUGGAGCUGCUCUCAUCCCUCCACCAGGAGGGACUUCACUCACAUCUUUGGGCGAAGUUGCUCAAUGAACCGCCAGGAACUGACCUGCUGACUGCACUCUGCCAGGCUUCCCAAUGUUUUCCCUCUUAUCUACCCUUUGGCACUUAAUCUUGCUUAUCAACAUAAUAAUUUAUACACUUCUCCCA